CCUUGAGGUCCCUUCCAACCCUGGCCAUUCUGUGAUUCUGUGAUGAUGGAGUCACAAGGACACAGUGUAGAGUUUCUCCACCAAGCACCCAGGCUUAAGCACAGGGAUGGGAGCCCUAUUGCCUCUUGACAGUGACACAAUUUAGGAUUUCUCCAUUAACUGCCUGGAGUCAACUUCAGGGAUGGGGGUCCCAGUGCCCUAUGGUGGAGAAUUGAUAUAGGGUUUCUUCACCAAACAUCCAGGCUCAUCACUAGCCACGGGAACCCCACUGCCACGCGGUGGGGACACGGUUUAGGCUUUAUUUCACUGACCCCCCGACCUCACUACUUCUCUACCAGCCCCGCACCCCACAGCCUGACCUGUGGAGGCCGAGUAGGGGACAUCCUCGGGGCCAGCGCCUGGCGUUCACAAGGGGCGGGCGGCCCUUUUUUCCCUCCCCCUCGCCCGGCCCUCCCCAUCACUGGGCUGCGAGGAAACGAAACUAGCUCCCUCCAUCCUCCCCUCCCGGCGCCGCCCCAGAGCCUCAUAGCCCCCGAGCCCCAGCAUGGAGCGGGUCCGCACUCCGGGUCCGGCGAUUCCACCGUACGAGCCCCUAAUGGACGGGCUGGACAUGGAGGGGAAGACACGCAGCACGGUGGUGACGGUGGAGAACCCCGUGGUGCCUCCUCCCCGCGACCACCUGGCCUGGUCGCUGUGCACCACGCUGUAUGCCAACGUCUGCUGCCUCGGCUUCCUGGCGCUCGUCUUCUCCGUGAAGUCCAGAGAUCGCAAAGUCCUGGGUGACUACAGCGGGGCGCUCAGUUAUGGCUCCACUGCCAAGUACCUGAACAUCACGGCCCAUCUGAUCAACAUCUUCCUCAUCAUCCUCGUCAUCGCCCUGGUUGCCAGUGGCACCAUCGUGAUAGCCAACAUCUUCAACCACCACCAGCAACACCCCGAAUUCAUUGGACCCACUUAGCUGCAUUCCACGGGCAGAGCUUCACUUGGGGCCAUGCUUUCCUUGCUUCUUCUAAUCCCUUCUCCAGUCACCAUAUAGAAAACCGCCUUGAGACACUCCUUGCUCUGGCAGGAUCCUGCAAAAACUGGCUGCAGGAAUGGGAACCCACAGACUUUGCUGCUUGCCACCUCAGUCUGCCUUUUUGCUAUUAUUUCAAGUGCCUGUAAAAGCCCUAAGGGAAGCACCUCAUCAGUAAAAAAAAAAAAAAAAAAAACAAACCUCAAUAAAGGUAUCUGUCACUUU